AUAGGCAAAUGGCGGCAAUGCUAGUUUCGCUUUGUACAUUAAGUAUAACUCUCCUUUAAAAUGACGAAUUUCUGUCUGAAAAAUGACUUUCUACUUAAAUCCACCCUCCGGAAAUAUUUCAUUACAACAUUUAGAAAAGUUUGCACGCACGAGACUGGAUUUUCUUCUCAAAAUUACUAGCUGUGGCGGCGAUAAGCUAAAAUUGCAGGAUACAGUGACAGAUUUUCUGACGGUUGCUGAGUCAGAUUGUUUACUUGACGGAAGCACAAAGGACGUAGUGUCACACUUCAUCCUCAGGCUGAUUCUGUGCCAGGAUCAUGACACCAAGGGAUUUUUAUUGAAAGCAGAAAGUCAACUAUUCAAAUUCAGAUUUCAGUGCAUGUCGGAGGAUGAAUUGACUAAAUCAUUGAAAAAAGCAGAUUCUCAUCUCCAAAAGGUGCAACACAAUUACUUAAUUCCAUCUGCGCUUGACUUUGAAAAACUUAAACACAUCCGAGACAUUUUUAGAAAGAUCACAGCUACAGAACCAAGAUGGAAACUGAUUGUGCAGAAAUAUCUGUCAGGAGAUAAUAAAGACGGAUUUUGGAUUCCAUUCUUUGUUGUACAUCAACUUGUUGCUAAGCGACGAGUUGAGCUGGAAAAUGGUCUGGCUUUUGUCCCUUUCUGUAAAUUGGAAGAUGUGAUCUCUAACUUGUGGUAUCAGCUGCUAGUUUGGGGGGUGGACAGAACUUGUCGUGUCCAGACAAGUUUUCUACAAGACAAAAGGAUGCGAUCAUUAACAAGACACAUACAGGCGUUAUUCAGAAAACACCAUGGCAUAUUUGAAGAUGGUCCUCAAAUUGAUGCAAACCUGUCACAUGAUCAAGUGCCUGAGGUCAUGACCUUAUUCCCUCCUUGCAUGUCACAUGUCCACCACAUCCUGACAACAAGGCACAGACUUCAACACCAUGCCAGAAUACAGUACACCCUCUUCUUGAAAGAAAAUGGUAUGCCAGUUCAUGAAGCACUGAUGUUUUGGAGAAAAGAAUACUUGAAACCUACGAACGCUAACGAUAAUUGCUCCCACAGCUGGCAGCAGGAUGGUAGACGAUACACCUACAAUAUCCGACAUCUGUAUGGACUAGAGGGCGCCUGUACCAACUACAGAGGACACUGCUGCACAACGCUACAGAAUGCAGCCUCUGGGUUUGGGGAGCAAGGUGGAUGUCCAUUCAGGUGUUUCGACUCCAAUCAUUUAGAUCUCCUACUUCAAAGGGAAGAAAUUGUCCACUCAAGGGAGACAAUUAAACAGCUUUCAGCAGAUGGAAAAUACUCAGAAGCUUGUAGAAGUUUAUUUGUGGAAAAAUCUAAGAAACUUAUUCAGAAAAUGGAAGACCAGUGUAAGGCUGAGCCAGUGGUAACUCGAUCUGGAAAUAGAGAAUAUUGUAUGGUAAUCAACAAAGGUCAUAAGGUGAUGAACAGUGCUGCAUCCUUGACUUUUGACCUUGGAUCUUCAGAAGUUCACAGCAUCAGAAUUCCAGAAAGGUCAAGUAUAGCUACUUGUGCUGGUCACAGUUGUGUUAGCAAAAUGUGGAGCAAUUCUCUUGGUGAUACAAACUGCAAUUCAGGUUUUGACAUGCCAUGUGCAGGCACUGACUCACACAUGGUCGAAACAUUGUCAGAGAGAACAGAUGUGAUUAUUACAAGUUUGCCUGCCUGUACUCAUGCACGUUUGGGCUCCUCCCCUCCAACCUGCUCACAGAAAGAGGAGGCAAGGAUUAGGGAAGGGGAGGACCAGGACGAUGAUGUGUUUUUAAAACCUUCACAGUAUUACUUCAGCCUCAGAAAAUUAGUUGAGGGUUUGAAAACAACAUGUAAAUAA